AUGAUGUCAGCUGGAUUCCAAUGGGGAAUCAAUAACACCAAUGACAAACUAACCAAUCAGCAUCAGCAUCAGCAUCAUCUUCAUCAUUGCCACACACCACGAUCGUCAUCAGUAGUCGAGUCAAGCCUAUCGAGAAAAAGAAAAAGAAGAGCCGAAGAUGGAGAUGGAGAUGUCGAUGAUAUUGACGUUGCUAAAGCAGAUAAACAACAAGAUGACAAAUUUACAGGCAAAUCGUUUACAUCUAAUGAUCGCGGGCAUAGUCAUCGAAAGCAAUUUAAUUUCAAUUCCAACAACAAUAGUAACACAACAAGUUUCAUACCUAAGACGACCACAUCCACAUCGUCAUCAGCAAUAAAGUACAAACGAAGCAAAACUCCCCGCAUUAUUGGACAACCACUACCACCAUCGCGCAUAAUUGAAUCGUUAGAUAAAUCCGACUUGACCAAACUCAUCACUUCAUUAAUCGACAUCCACCCAGAGCUUAAUCAAACCGUUUCAAAAAUCGCCCAGCCACCAAAUAUGAACAGUAUCUUGCACAUUUUACAACAAAAGCACGAAUCAAUUUUGAAAGCACUACCUUAUAAAUGCGAUUCUCGUUCCGAUUACUCAUAUUUGCGAAUCAAACCUAACCUUGUUGAUUUCUUAAAUUGCUUGGAGGAUUACAUAUUGUGGAUCUUGCCUCCUAAUCAACAUGGCCAUGAUUUGAUCACUCAGUUGUGGUUUUUGCAUGAAUUGACAAAUUUGAUUCAUAAGUUGCCCAAUUUCACUAAUCUGGAAUUUCAAUAUACGAGGAAUUUAAUUUAUGAAACGAUUAUCAAUUGUUGGAUUAUUAUAUUCAAUGAGGAUUUGGCUAAUGAUGCCAUUUUUGAAUUUUUCCGCAAGAGGCAGCUCAAUGGAGAUGUUGGUAGGGAAGAGAAGGAAGAUGGAGAGGAGGAUACCGAUGAUGAAGAUGAGUUGAUUGAAAAAUUGCGGGUGCAUCAACGAUACUGUUCCAAAUUUGGACAGAUUGUUGAGAUAUAUCAAGAAAAGUUGCAUCAGUAUAAACUAGCCAUGAGAGAGCAGUACAUGAAUGGUAGUAUUGGUGGAGAUGGUAUUUCUGCUGGUGCUGCUGGAAGUGGCGCUACAACGGGAAACAGUGGUGCUGGUGUUAAUAACGGCAAUAAUUUUAAUGGAGAUGGCACCGUUGCUACAAAUGCCAGGUUAAAUGAGUUUGUCACUGUUGAUUAUUCACAAUAUUCACUUAAUAACCCAUUUAGGUGA